GGAUAAUAAGUAAUAAUAAGACGUCAAAACUAUGAAGUAAAAUAAAACUAAAAAUAUUAUUGCUAAAAUUUUAAUUAAAUUUUAAAAUGUUAGCACGUUUUAUAUAAACACAUAUCUAGUGGAAAUAUGUGGAUGAAGUUACAGCAAAACGUCACAUCAUACAUGAGAUUUCAAUGAAAAAAAAUCAAAUGUAUUGAGGUCAUUGGUAUGUAUAUGAAUAUGUUAAUGAUAAAUUGUAUUCCUAACAUGAAAAAAAACCUUGUAAAUUAACCUGUGGUGUUACUCAUGUUAAGGUUUAAUAGUAAUUUUGUUUUUUUUUUUGUCCAUUGAUAACUUAUAUAACUAAUGGGUAAUAAAAUAUAAGUAUUGAACUGAGUAAUAUUUUAGCACUAUGUUUUACUGUCAGUGAACUUCAGUGUAAUUCAUAUGCAUGAAUUUCUGUACAAAUCUAAACUAAAGAACUAAAUAUAGUUAUUUUCAAUAUGAAUGAGGUAAAAUAUGUUAUACAAUUAACUGCACGUGGACAAAUUGUAGAAAAGUCAUAAAAUAUGUAAAAUAAAUAAAUAAUUAAUUAAUAAUUUUAAAACUUUAAUUUAAUUUAUUAGAUAAGUAAUUAUUAAACUACUAGGUAGGCAGUGAAAGAAACUAUAGAUUUUUUUUAAAUGUUGACUUAUUUUUAAAUUAUUUGAAUGUGUUUAGUUUUAUGAACAUGCUUUAAUUCUAAUAUUCAUAAUAAUUACUCAAACAAUUGAUAAUUUUAAUAAACAGUUUAAAAAAAAUAAUCAAAUAUAACCGAAAGUGAUAAAAUGGAAUAUUAUUUUAUAUUAGUAAAUCAUUCCUACUAAAAAAUGAUUUUAAGCAAAUUUGGAAUUUAAUAUAUUUUAAUUUUAAUUUUUUUUUUUCAGUAAACCUUAUUCGACAAACCACAUUGAUACAUUGAUCUCCAAAUUUUCAUUAAACAACAAAAAAAAAAUUAACAUUUUCUCCAGAUAUUAAUAUCAGGUUGUGUAAAUAUUCUUUGGCUUUGUAUUCAAUUUUUCAAUUGAAACAAGUACGAUUGAUGAAAAAUUCAUUCAUAGACACAAAAUAAAAAAAUAUUGCUUUCAAUAAAACCAUUAGUCAAGUAUUUAACUAUUUAUAUAUAGUCCGAGCCAUUGAUAUCAAUCCUGAUUUAAAUUCACUAAACAUUUGAUCUUCAAUAUUUUAACUAUCUACAUAAUAAUAUUUAGUUCCCAAUUUGUAGAUAUAUUUUGUAAAACAAUGUACAUCCAAUAACAUUUUACUUACGCUACUAUUUACUAUUAAUUCAUAUUUUUUUUUCAAUAAUAAUAUAAUAUGUUUUAAAUAAUAUUUGUGUUAUAUGUUUUAGUAUUUAUUUUUUAUUCAAUUUAUUAUGUGUUACAGGAAUUGGAAAAAAUCUGAAUCAUGAUGAAUUCUCUAAGUGGAGAUAAUUCACGUCGUCGAAUUGCAGCACUGUCAUUUUUAACUAAUAUUUCAUUAGAUGGCACCCAUAAAGAUACAAAAAAAUUACUUUUUAUUAAAAACAACAUGUAUCAUCUUCAAAAAUCGCAUGCAGAUGAGUUUCCAUCACUUCCUAACAUUGAAACAAAUGAUGAGAAUUCAUUCAGUGUAUGUGACACAUUGGAACACAUGGAUACUGAAUUUCAUGGCGCUGUGAGAUUGACAAAAACCCGGUCAUUAACAUCUACACCAAUUAAAUCAAAUUUAACUGAUAAACAAUGUAGUGAAAAGUAUUUUGAAAUGUGCUCUGAUAAAAGUUCUGGAAAUAACCUUCCAUUCCGUGAAAGGUGAUUAUUCUAUUUCUUAUGGUAAAUUAUUAUCCACUGAACUGAAUAUAUUUUAGCAGAAUAAUUAAUUAUUUUCAGAAUUAAUACAACUGGAAGUGAUGUUACUAUGGAAUCAAAGAAAAUGGCAGCUUACUACCAAAAACGCAUGUUCCCACAAUCAUUAUUGUCUGAUAAAAGUAACAUCAAUUUCAGCAGUUCUGAAAGUCUUGGUUUAGGUAAAAAUAAUAUAUAAGUAAAUAAUUAAAUUUUAAGUUAGUCUUAUUCAAUACUGCAUUUAAAUUUUAUUUUAUAUUAUGAAACGAAUGUAAUUAAUCAUUAUUUAUAAAUUUUAAAACUAUUUAAUUGUAUUAUUUAAUAAUUUUACUAACAAACUUCAUGGACUUGUAAACUAUAAUGCCAGUACAAAAUAUACAUAAUUAUUAUUCAUGUUAUUUAAAAUAAUUUUUAUUAACAUUUUCAAGUAUUUAUUAUUUUGUAUUAAGUUGUACACAUAAUUAUAUUUAACUGAAAAAUUUUAGUGAAAUAUUGUUUUUAAAAGUGUGGUUGUGCGGUAACAAUUUAGAUUUAAAAAUCAAUGAUCUAUAUAAGUAAAGAAAGUAUACAUAAAAUAUAUAAAAUAUAUAAAUAAAAAAUUUAUGUUUAAAUUUUUAUUUAUAUAUUUAUUUACUUUAUUUACGAGUAUAAACCAUUUUAAUAAUUUUGUUUUUACUUUAUUAUUUUAUUAUCCAUAUAAGUAGUAUUUGUUUUAUUUUAUUGUAAAAUUUAUUAAAAUCUUUUUUAUUAGGUUUUAACUACUAAUCUUUUUAAAAAAGUAUACAUAUCAUUUUUUAUUCUAAUCUAUGUGUGGGAAGUAUACAUAUUAUGUCUGUAUAGGUAUAUUUAAUUAACUAAAUAACAACAAGUUAGUUUAACACUACCCAAAAGUAGGUUGACUUAAUUGGUAUUCAAAUAUAUUUAACUGGAUGGAGAAACAUCUUGUUUAAAAUUAACUUUAUUUAUUUGUAAUGUAUUAUGAAUUAUAAAUAAAAUAUUUUAUUUUAAAUUACUUUAUUAUGUAUGUAUAUUUUAAAUUAAUUUAUUAUCUUCUUGGGUUCUUGUACUUUAUUUUUUAGUGUAUCAUAUUCUUCUUUAUAAAAUAAACAAUUGAAACUAUAUCAGAAAUAAUAUUAGCCAAUAUUUCAUCAUAAUUAUUAUAAAGCUAUUUGAUAUAAGUAUCGAUUUCCAAAAUUGCAUUUUGUUUCAUUUAAAUUUGACAAAUAAGUAAUUGGUAUGUAUAAAAAGUUACAGCGGUAUAUAAAAAUAGUACAUUGCUUCAAGAAAAUAGCUCAUCCAAUCACUCUGUGGAUAUUAGAGUUGUACGUCCGACAAUACAACAUCGAUUCAAAAAUGAACGUUUAGUGUUAGUGACUCCACAGAAAACUCCAUUUCUUGUUUAUUCACUUAUACCAUUCAAAAGAUCUAAUAGAUCAGUAAUGUUUGUACACAUUUAUACUUCUUAUUUAUAACUAUUUAAUAAUUUGUCUUAAUUAAUAUAAUUAUAGAGUGCGGUGUGAACCAAAAAAGGAACCCAAUCGCAGAAGACAAACAUCUGGAACUAGACCUUUAUCCGCUGUUAAUGAUAUAAUUGAUGCAUUUGAUCUCUUUGGAUUAGAAAAAGGCAAAGAUGGUCAGGUACAAUAGAAAUAUUUUAUUAAUUACAAUUUUAGCACAAAAUAUGUCUUAAAUAAUAUUAAGAUGCUAAAUUUCCAGUUUCAAUAUGUAUAUUUUAUUUUAUUUGUAGAACAAUUUUUUGAUUAGCCAAUUAAAGGGUAAUAAAAUUAAAUAUUAUAUUAUCAAUAUUGAUAAUAUAAUUUAUUUUUACACAUGAUAUCUAGUCCCUGGGCUAUCUGCUUAAAGUUUUAAUUUUAUAAAUAUGCAAGUUAUAUCCAACUGAUUAAGGAUAGCUAAUUAAACAGGGUUGGUACUUUGGAAUCCACAUUUUUUUUAGUUUCUCAGUUUGAUACUCCUGAAAAAUCAACAAGAAGAAAUUCAAACAAGCAAAUUAAAGCAAGUUCAUUCAGAAUUGUUUUACUUGAGCAAUGAUUGCUUUUAAAAUUAAAAUAAUAAUAAUAAUAAUAAUGGCUUGCACCAAUGUGGCCUAUAAAUGUGCAAGUAUGUCCGCUUUUAUUUUCAUCUUAAUCUUUCCAUGCAAUCUUAACACUUAAAAAAAUUAAUUUGUUUAUAAUUUGAUAAUUUAUAGUUAUUACUAAUACUUUUAUUAUGAUGUACUAUAUUGUUAGUAGAAUUAAAUUAAUUAAUAUAAUUUCAAUAAAAAUGUACUAUACAAAUAAUAUUCUGAAAAAUCCUAGUUGAGAAUAACUGAAUUUUAACUUUAAUGUUUAGAUUUUCGGUUUAAAAAUUUAAAAUUUAGACCUAUUUAAAAAAAGUGUAUGUAUUAAAAUUGAAAACAUAACAAUUUUCAUGCUAAUUCAUUAAUGAUAUAAAAUUUUAAAUAUUUUUAAACUGUUAAAAACAAAUACAAAUUUUUACAUUUUUACAACUUUGAAAGCUCCAAUUUUCUAUAGUGUUCAUUGAAUCAUCAACUAUUUGUGGUGAGCUUUUUGAAUCAUUCAAAUGUUACCGAAGUUCUAAUAAUUUAAUUCUACAGCUGUAUCUUUAUUCUAUAAUUAUUAAAAAAAAAAUAACAAUUAUAAUCUGUAAAAUAGUUAUUUCUCAUCUUAGAUCUUGUGUACAUUGUAUUUGUUUAUGAUCUGAGAAUUAUUAGUGUUGAAAGAAUAAUUUAAGGAAAUUAUUAAUUGGUGUAUACAAUUUUGAACUUUUGAAAUACAUUAAAUACCAAUCAUUUUAAAUAAACAUUAGUGGUUCAAUGGUUUUAGUGUUUUAAAACCAGUCUUCAAUGAAUUUUAAUUUUUGUUGUCUGUACAAUUAGAAGUUAAUAUGAAUCAUUCAAAUGGGUUUAACUACAUUAUAAACUGGUUAACAGUAGAGAGAUUUGAUAUUGAUAAUUUUUUAAAUGUUAAAUAUAGAUUAUUCUUAUCAGGCUAUAGAAAUAAUUCCAUUCCUUAUACUAAUGAAAACUUAAUAUCUGACCAACACAUUUAUAAUUGUAAUUUAUCAUGUGGUUCAUGUGACUUAAAGGAUAAAUAUAAUGACAGUGAUCAUAAUUAAUGAUAAUAUUAAACAAUUAAUAAUGUUAGAAAAUAAUUUCUCAAUAAAAUGGGGGAUUGUGGUUUUUGACCUUCAAAGAUAUUUGUAUUUUGUUACCUACGUUGCUACUGCAGAACAGUGUUUUUCCUAACAAAAGCUUAUAAAGUCUAAACUUUUUUAAACUAUCAAUGAAAAUAGAUUGGAUAAAUUUAUGUUAAUUAUUUUGAAGUUUUCAUGAGUGAUAAGAUUAAUAGAUACACUUUAACUUAAAAUAUUUUAUGUACUACUAAAUUGUUUUUGCUAAAUACAUUUUUAAAAUAUACCUUUAAUAAUUAUAUUGUAUAUAAUAUAUAUUAUAUUAUAUCUAUAAGCAUAAAAUAUAUUAUUAAAAAUUAAUGAGUAUCUGUUAAUCACAUUAUUGAUUGAAACUUUAUUAUACUUUGACUAUUGAAUAGAGAUGUACACAUUUUUAUUCCAAUACAACAGAACCAACAUUUUAAGAAAGGUUUGAUUAGAUUAACCUUUAUGUUCUUUACCAAUUAAGAUUAUGAAACCACUAAUGCAAAAAAAUGGAAUUUUUCUUUUUCAUAACAAGGCUGCUCUGUCCCACCACAGAACAUCAUAUUAGUGACUAAAUCUAACCAGAACCAAACUAUUGGGUAUUUGGGUAUUGAGUAUUUCAAAAUUUUAACAGUUACUCACAUCUCUAAUUUUGAUUGCAGAAAAAAAAGCUGUUAGUUUUAAUAAGGUGUGUGUUUGUUUUUCUGAAACUUUUUAGGUUCAAUUUGAAAAAUUUGAUCACAGAAUAAAUUACGCAUUAGCCCCUCUUUCGCCACCUAUCACUUCAUGAAUCAAUAUUUCCCUUGGUUUACAAUUAUGUAUUUAAUAUACUCUAAGUUAAAUCUUGAUAUCAAAUUAUUCUCUAUUUAAAUGCCAUAAUUCUAAAUAGUCCAAAUAUCACAUACCAAUCAUAUCAAGCUGCCAUAUUUACUCAGUUUUAAACAGACUUAUGUCUAUUGAUAUAAUUUCAUCUGUAGUCCAUUAUUCAUUCUGUGAAAAAGUUACUGGGAGGUAUCUGUAAAGAAUCAUUUCUGCAUGUAAGCAGAGCAUAAAUUGUUAGGGAUCCCUAUAAAAAUCCUGUUUGGCUCUAAUCCCAACAAGAUAAACAUUUCAUUAUCAGUUAUGAUUUUUAAAUAUUUCGGUUUGUAAAAACUGAAAAGUGUUUUGUUUUUUAAAAUACUGUUCAUAUGACUAUUAUUAAAAUACCAUUUAUACUAGAUCAAAUAUAACAUGUGUGGAAGAAAUAAUUUUUAUUUUAGGUAGGUAGGUUAGGUACAUAUUAAAUUUAAUAUCAAAUUAUUAUUUCUUGAUAAAAUAUUGUUUCAUAAUUAAAUACAUUAUUUCGUAUGAUACAUAAAAAAAAUUAAACAUUAAGAAUUCUCAUUAGAUGAAAAUAAAUAAAUUACAAAAUUUGAGAUACACAUGACAUUCAUUAAUUAUGUUUGCCCUCACAAUCUAUCUUUUAUAUAAAAAUCACAAUACUUUGUUUUCGUUGUCUAUUGUAAGUAACUUCAAAAAAAAAAAAAAAAAAAUUAAUAGCAAAUGUAUUCUAUUAAUUAAUGGAAAAAAUGCAAUACUCAGUAUUAUGAUUAUCUUGUUUAGAUGGCCAACAUAGUAAUAAAAUUAACUUUGCUUUAUUGAAUAAAAAAUGCAGUUUUUACAUUUUCAUAGCUUUGGGUUUUAUUGUCCAUUUUUUCUUAUUUUAGUCAAUACAUAGCCAGAUAAAUUAUCAAAUUAAUACUCACAAAAUGUUAUUAAAACAAAACAAACAUUUUAAUAUGAAAUUUUGAUGAAAAUCGUAAAUAUAUAUUACAGUCUUUUAGAUUCUGAAUGGAGCAAGGAAUUUAUUGGUUUUACAAAGGUGUUUAUUUUUUUUUUAAUCUGGACAACUUUUCUACCUGAAAUCUAGCUCAGAUUUACAAUAAUAGCAUUUCUUCUAAAAGGAAAUCUAACUGGGGUGGUACUAUAAGGAGGUAAUUUUAUGAUUUUCCCCAAUAAAUGUAAAACCGAGAAAAUAGCUACAAUGUUAAAUAAAUAUUAAGAAAAUAUAUAAUACCUAUAUAAUUAUUUUACCACAAUAUGGCAGACAUAUUAUUGACAAACCAACACUAUCAAGUGAAUUCUGCUAAGAGUGUGUUUGGUUAACAAUAGUUUAUUGUUAUUGACUAAUAUAUAUUAAAUUUUCCUUUUACUACCUUCCCAACAUUUCACCAACAACAGUGGCUGCACACAUGUGCAAGUAUGUCCAUAUUUUUAAUUUCUGUAAACCAUAUUUUCUAGAAAUAUUGUUUUAAUCAAAUAACAGAAACUUUUUUUUAUUGCAUUUUGGAUCUAGUUGAUUACAAAUUAAGUAGUUUUCAUAUUAAUUGGGAAUAAUGAAAAGGUGCUGAACAAAUUCACAGCAUACAAUUUCAUUAUUUUUAAUUUUUACUCAUGUUUUUACUGGAAAUAUCAUUUCAAUAUCAAAACAUCAAGAUACCUUAUUAUUUCAUUUUUAAUCAACUGGUGAGCAAGUAUUUCAUCUUUUAAUUUUAAUUAGAAAAACCAGAAAACAGUUGAAAGUGUGAAACAGGAAAAUGUACAAAUACAAUGUUUUUGUUAUUGUCAAUUUUGUUUUUUUGUUGUAAUUUAGUUAAAAAAAUUCACAACUAAUUUUGACAGAAAAUCUAUAUUUGUCUUUUUUAUUCUAGACAUGGUAAAAUUUUCAAAACAUUUGAAGAAUUUUUAAGUUAUUUAUAGGUAUUUUAAUUUUGUGAGUUUUUUUACAUAAUUUUUGUUUGAUAGGUACUCUGGAUAAAAUUGUUUUCCAAACAGAAAUGCAUGAAAAUUUAUUAGGAAGUUCAUUAUAAGUUGUAAAAAUUGAGUGCAAUUAAUUUUUUUUUCAUAUGAGUUUUAAUAUCAAAUUUUGACUGCAUUUCAAAACAUAUAUAACUAAACUUCUCUCAGAUAAUUUUUUAUUGUUAAUAAUGGUUACCAUUGCUCACAUAUAUAAAUUAAAUAAUUUUAUAUAUAACCGAAUAUUUGACCUUAACAACUUCUCAACCACAACAUACCUACAAUACCUGUCUACAAAAUAAAAACUACAGGACUAUAAUAUAUAGUUUAUUUCUUUCUUCAUAUCUAUUAAUUUAAUACAUCAUAUUACUAACCACCUUUAUUAUAUUGUUAUUUAAAUUAAAUAAGAAAAUGUUAUAUUAUUAUUUAUUUUAAUUAUUGUUUUUAGUAUUGAUUAAUGGUAAAAUUAUUUCCAGGAAAUUUCAUACUCUCAUUUAUUAAUUCCUUCACGAAUUGUUGAACCCAAGACACCAAUUGAAGAUAUGAUGCUAGAUACAGUAUUACAACCAAAACAACAUACUUUGAGCAGGUAAAUUAAUUCAUGGAAAUUUAAUAAACUCAUAGUUGUAAGUAAUGUAAUUUAUUAAAAAUUAAAUAAUGGUUCUUUUUUUGUUACACGCUUAUUUAUGUACUUUGAAUGAUUUUUUUUUUUUAAAGUAAACUCUUUUUCUUCUAUAAAGUUUACUCCCAUUAUUAUGUAUAGCACAUUUCCUGAAAGUAAAUAGAUGGUACUUUAGAUAGGUUAUUUUUUGAAAUUCUCAUUAAUAUUCGAAAUGGUGAGGAAAACCUGGUUCUUUAGAUUAAAAAAGAUUAAAGAUGAAGUUGUCAUUGUCAAUUGUUUUUGUUUAUUUUUUAUUACUAAGUUUCUAUUUUUUUUUUUAUCUUUUUUAAACAAUUGGUGUUGUUAUGGAAUGGCACAUUGUUGUAAUAAUUUAACCAUAAUGGGACAUAUAUAUAUUGUUGCCAAAGCAACACCAUCAACUAAACUCGGAAACAUUUUUUUGUUAAUAAUGGUUUAUUGUUGUGUACAAAUGUACAUUUACAUAUUAAAUUCCUGUCUGUAUCUUACCUCACUAACUUCCUACCUAUAACAGUGGCUGCAGCUAUGUGUGAAGUAUGUCACAUACUUUUUUUAUUUUUUGUAUGGCUUAAGUUCUUACGUCAGUUUCUAAGUUUAGUUUAAUCUGGAGACCAGAAUAAUAUUAUCUAUCAUUUUUCUUUUUCUGGUAAAAGUUGUGAUUUAUUUAGUUGUUUCUUAACAUAUUUCUUCUACUAUUACUAGACUAUCUAGAAAGCAAACACCUGGUUAUUUUAUUGUUGCACUAGGUCCAGUUAUCAUAGCUAGACCUAAAUAUUUCUAAAAAAUUGUAAAAAUUUAUAAAAUGUUUUUAAAUUUUUUAUUUAUUUAUUUUUUUUUUAUAAAAAAAUUAACAAUAUUUACUAAAUUAAAUUAUUAAUAAGUUUAAAACAUUUUAAGUGUAGUCACAAACUUGAUAAAAAAAAACUCACAUUUGUAGUAUGUAACAACUUCUUCUGUUUAUGAGAUUUAUAAGAUUGACUAUUAUCUUUCUAAAUUUAUUAUAGAUGUAUUUCAGCUGAUGUUCCUGAUAAUUUAAUGAUUGGUACUGGUACUUAUAAAAUGUUCACUCUGCAACCAUCAUCAUCACCUCCGAAAACCGAUUUAGUAAAAGGUAAUUUAUUAACAUUCGGCAAAUUUAUGUUGAAUUAAUAACACAUAUUUGUUCGUUUCAGUAUCUUCUACAGAACAAGAUGAAAAUGGUUCUUUUUCUCCCAGUAUUCUUGAUGAUCCAGAAUUUUUUGCUGGAAAACAUAGAACUCUUUUAACAUUUAUAUCAUACAUGGUAAACAUAUAAUGUAAUAUUAUAUUAUAAUCUUCUUUUUCUCUUAUCUCUUCAUCCCAACUACAAAGGUUGGCUACCAUUAUUUUAAACUUCCAGUUCGUCCUCUUUUUCUAUAACAUUAUAAUCAAGAAGUCACAUUAAUAAUUAUAAAUAAUUAUUUGACAUUUAUUGUUAUACAUCAUUUCAUUAUUGAAAGAAAGUCUUCACUAAGCCUAAAAUUAGUAUUUUAUAAAUUUAUUAUUGAGUAGUCUAAGGAAAAAGAAAUAUCUUAAAUAACUUUUAUGAAAGCGCCUGGUACUAAUGUAAUUUUACCCACAAAAAUAUACUACAGAAAUAGUGAUACUAUUCAGUAGAAUCAAUCCAAUUCAAUUUUUUUUUAAUUUAUAGAAAUAUUCUUCGCCUUGCAUUGAACUCUGUUUUUAAUAUUUUAUUCUAAACAUUUAUGAGUUUUUAAGAAAGAUAAAUAUUAAAUUUUUUUCCCCCCAUUUUUUUUAAAAUUGGAGUUCAAUGUGGCCUGUAGAAUGUUGUUUAUCAAAAUAUUGAAUUGACAAUAUACUAUUUCUGUGAUGUCAUUUUCUUCAGUAAAACCAGUUCCUUCCCCUUAAAUCAGUUAGUAGAUUAGUUAGAGAAUACUAUGUUUAAGGUAGUCAUUAAAAUAUUAAAAAUAAUAUAAAAUUUUUUUGAAAUUGGAGAAAAUUUGAAAACUGACACUGGUGUCCCUUAAGCUUUAAUAAUUAAUGGACUUAAAAGAAAAUUAAAUAAUAAUUUUAGGUUUUAUAAAAUAACAUUUUUUUAAAUUGUUUGCCUUUUUUAAUAUAUUUUUUUCAAUUGUCCAUGUAUGAUAGUUGUAUAGUAUACAUUUAAUUUAAAUUUGAAAAUGAUAAUGCUUGCAUAAAAAAUAGUUUUUUUAAAGAAAUGAGUGUGUAUGCUAUUUAUAUUAUAUUUGAUCUAUCUAUAUUUGCGUGUCUUAUAUAAAAUAAAACUUUUAUUAUAUGGAAAAUAUAGUUUCUCUACAAAAUUAUUUUAUUUUAUGUAUUCCAGACAUCCAUUAUUGAUUAUGUAAAACCAAGUGAUCUUAAAAAGGAAUUAAAUGAUAAAUUCCUAGAUAAAUUCCCACAUAUUCAACUAACAUUAAGUAAACUCAGAAGGUAAAUGAGAGAAUGAUUAUAAAUAAAACUAAUCACGAUUGUUUAUGUUUAUGCUGUAUAUUUUACUAAUAUAACUAUAAUAAUUAUUGUUUUUUCAGUAUUAAACGAGAAAUGCGGAAAAUUACCAAACCAGAUGCUACAUCAGACUUGCUAACUAUAGCCCAGGCUUAUGUAUUUUUUGAAAGAUUAUUAGUUAAAAGUUUGAUUAAUAAAGAAAAUCGUAAAUUAUGUGCAGGAGCAUGUAUAAUUUUGUCAGCAAAGUUAAAUGACAUGAAGGGUGAAUCUUUAACUAAUCUCAUUGAGGUAUUUUUCUCUCUAUUACUAUAAAAUUGUUGAAUAUUAAAUUUAAGAGCUUUAAAAUAUUUAAUUAUUUUAUCAUGUGUUAUUAAAUUCUUAUUAUGUGCUUCUUUUUCUUCUUCAUAUUCCUCUUCUAUCUUAGAAAUGACCAUUAUAGUGUUUAUCUUUUGUUGCUCUGAAUAAAUCUUUAGUGAUCCAUUAGAACCACCAUCUUAGAUUUUGCACCCAGGUUAUUCUAGGUCUUCCCCUGAUCUUCUUCCCACACAUUUUGUUUGUAUUACAAGAUGUAUGAAAUUCUCAUCCCUCAACUUAUAUAUAAAAUAUUACAGCUUCCUGGAUCUUAUACUAUUCAUUACCUUGGGUUUUUUGUCUAUUCUUAAAAUGUUUAUGUUUGUAGCUUUACAAACCUAAGAAAUAUCAAAAGUUCUAAAUACCACAUAUCGUAUCCAAGCUUCCAUUUCAUACAACCAGGGCUGUCAAUAUUUGUAUCCUUUAAUAUGUUAAUUAAUUUAUCAUUAUCCAAUACUUUGGUAAAAUCUAUAAAACACUCAAAAAUAUUUCUGUUGACACCUAAGCACUUUUGCAUAAGGAUAUUUAUACUGAAUAAUAAUUCUCUGGUUCUUAUUUCUUGUUUAAAACCAUUCCAUUCUCCAAUUUAUUACAUAUCCUUUGGUGUAUGAUCUUUAAAAAUAAUUUUGAAGUUCAUUAGAGCUAUUGUUUUAUAGUCUGAUUAUUCUUUUAUGUCAACCAUUCAUCUGGUAUCAUUCCUGAUGCAUAAUAUAUUGUAUUGAAUAAAUCAACUAACAUAUCUAACCUAUCAUCAAUAUGUUUUCGAACUGCUAAAACUGUUUAAAAGUUCGGAAGGUACUUCAUCAGGGCCUGCUAUUUUCCUUUAAUUGGCAUUCUUUAAUAUAUUUGUUACAUCUUUUUUCUUAUGUGCUAUUAUGGUAAAAAUACCGGUUUUUUUUUAUCAAUUUUAAUUAUGCCAAUUAAGACUUUUGACCACUUUAUUCCCCCAUUUUGUUGUAAUUCAUUUUUGUUAUGUCUAUUAACUUAUAUUAUUCUAUUAUUAUUAAUAAUUUUACAUGUUACUAUUUUUAAGAUGUAUUCAUUUGUUGUAUUUAAUUUGAUUCUAAAAGAAGUAUAUGAAAAUUAAACGACAUAUCUCUGUUUUAUUAAUUUUUAAUAAUUUAGUACUUUUAAAGGAAUUAUAAUAAAUAAUGAUGUUUUUUUUUUUAGAGAACAGAAAUAGUGUUUCGGUUGAACAGAAAAGAUUUGAUGGUUUCUGAGUUUGGAGUACUUGUAGCUUUAGAAUUUGGUCUUCACAUACCUAUUCAUGAAAUAAUGCCUCAUUAUCAACGAUUACUAUCAGAGUCAUGACAUAAGUAUUCAUUUCUAAAAACUUUAGAUUUCAGAGAAAUAGUUGAAUGUCUAAAACUAAAUAGAAUCAAUUAUUUGAAGUAAGCUUUGUAUUGCUUACAUAACUAUGGUAGGUUAAUUUUUACAGUAUUUUUUAUAUGAACAGUGAAGAACUCUUCUUAUAAAUUAUAAUUUUAGUACAUUUUACAUUUUUAGGUUUAGCUGAUUGAGUGAAUAAUAGUCAUGUGUAAUCAUGUGGCUCACAAUUUGUUAUCAGAUAUAUAUUUUUCAAUGUUGAUUAUUUUUAGAUAAAAGUAUUGUUAUUAUAUAGGUAAAGAAGAAAAAAUUAACAAGUAGUCUUUUAUAAAAAUAUAAAAAUGGUCCAAUACCCAUUAUCAUAAAUGUAUGUACUAUCGGUGCCAGAAACUGUCAUAGAUAUUAUCUAAUCAUUAUUUAAUUUAAAUAUAAAUAUAAUAUAAUAAUAAUUUUAAUUUCAUGAUAUACACCAAUAUUAACCAAUUAAUCACAUUGUUACCAACUGAUAAAACUGCACAGGCAUACAACUCAAUUUAAAAUAAAUUUAACUGAAGUUUUUUCCAAAAAAAAAUUUUAAAUUUACUAAGAAAUUUGACUUACUCAUUAUUACAUACAUUUUCUAUAUUACUUACAUUUUGUAAUUUUUAACUCUCUCAGUGACAAUUGCCUCUGUAAAAACGAUAAUUUUCUAAAUUAAAAUUGAUAAUUAUAGGUUGUAAAAUUCAAAUAAAUUGAAUAAAUAAUAUUUUAAUGAUAUUUAAAUAAAGAUGUUAAUAAAAUAAUUAUACAUAAAACUAGAAAAAUAUUAUUUUUAUUUUUUUUAGAAUGGAGCCUCUAAAUAAAAUGUUCGAUUAUCAAGUACCAAAUUAGUAAUUUCAAAUUUUGGAUUUGCUUUUUUCCUAUCCAUUUCCUUUAAAGAUAUGUUCAAUCCCCAUUUUAGAUUUUGAGCAUUGAUGGUUCGUACAAUCUCAUUGCCCAUGUGCAAUGAUUUAUUUUUGAUUAAUUGGGUAUGGACCAAUCGGUGCAUAUUUGCAGGAGUGGAGUGUCGAAAUUCUCACCAGGCAAAUAAUAUAUAUAUAUUCAAUUUUUACUAUAUCUUGAUAGGUACCAUAUAGAUAGUUGUGUACCUAAUUUAAAUGAGAGAGAAGUAUAAAAACACUUUUAGAAACUUUCAUCAAUCUUAACUACCAAAUUAAAUCAUAGUAACUGAUUUUUUUUCAUGCUUGUUGCCAAGGUAAUUCAUAAAUCAACAAAAAAAGUUCAAUAAUUUCAUUCCAAAGAACUGUGUUUUUAGGGAUUUAAUUUUGAGAUAAAAAUUGACAUUUAUCCUGUUUUAAAAUAAAAAGCAAACAUAAAUUGACUUUGGUUUUAUAUAUAUAAUUUUUUAAUGCUGAAUAGUUUAUAUUAAUUUUUUUAUAAAACAUGGUCAAAAUUAAACUUUAAACACUUCAGAUCACUUACUUGACAGACUACCUAGUAUUUGUCCUGUUGCUCAACAGGUCACUCCACCCCUGCAUAUUUGUAUUGUUGUUUUAGAUACAUUUGUGAUAUUUAUUAUAGUAAGGCUUUCAUAUACUCAUAUUAUAUGCAUAAUUAUAUUUAACUAAGUAUUUAAUCCUUAAGAUAUGUUAUAGUGUAUUUAAAAUAAAGCAAUAAAAUGUAUUAUUAUAUUAUAAAACUCAUAACAAAUAUUUUUAAAUAAUAUGUUUUUAUAGAUAGUUAUUUUAACACCAAUAUUUUAUUUUAUACUUAUUGGAAAGAAAGAAAAGAUUAAAAAUUGUAGAAAUUGAUUGUAACAUUAAUCUACUAUAUAAACUUAUGUGUGUAGAUAUAUAUUUGAUAUUUAUAUGAUAUGCAUAAGUAGAAUAAAAAAAAUUGAAACUCAUAAAUGGUCUUAACUUUUUAUAAUUGUAUGAUCAUUGGUCACAUUGACUAGCCCCCCCCCUACAAUCCUGAUAGUAUGUGCUGUGUGCA